AUGGAAAGGGGAAUGUCAGAGAAAAGGAUAAGUCAGAGAAAAAGGUAUGUCAGGGAAAAGGAAUGUUGGGGAAAGGGAAUGUCAGGGGAAAAGGAAUCUCGAUACUUACAACCAGUUUUCCCCUUAAAAUAUUCUAAUCUAAUUUCUACAAUUCCAUCUUUGGUUCAAUAG